CCCACUCUGUGUGUGUGAGUGAGUGUGUCAGUGUGUGUGUACUGUGUGUGUGUGUGUGUGUGGUGUUUAAACAUGUCAAUCGAUUAGGUGUUUAGGUUGGAGAGUGAAGUCUGUACGUUUUCAGUAACGGCGUUUUUGCUGGUUUGUUCGGUGCGCGAGCCCGUGUCGCUCGCGCGUACGGAUUAACAGUACCUCAGUGUCAGUUAGCGGAGUUAGCUUAGCUAUACGGAGAGCGAUAAAACACGGUUUGCAGAGCUGCAGGAAUCAUGGGAGCUGUGUUCCUGUCAGCGGAUGCAGCGCAUGUCGUGCUGAGGAGGCUCCCGAGGGCCAACGCCUUCCUGGAGGAGAUGAAACAGGGAAACAUCCAGCGUGAGUGCAGGGAGGAGAUCUGUAACUACGAGGAGGCACGAGAGGCUUUCGAGAACAACGAGAAGACGCGGCGAUUCUGGGAGGAGUAUCAGCGGGAGAGCAGCCCCACGCCCGGAGGAUUUCAGUCCAUAGUGGGUGGAGGCAACUCCCUGUACCUUGUCUUGCCCCUACUGCUGCUGCUGCUGCUUGUCGCCGCCGUCUCAAUCACCGUGUGGAGGUGCCACGUGCGCAAAAGAUCCCAGCGCAGCCCCGCUAUCGGACAGAGAGACUCCGCCCUUGCCGUCGUUUCCUUGGAUCAGUGGGGGCAGAGCUACCAGCCUGACCCUGUUUACUCGGGUGAUGACAUCACACCUGGGCAGAUGAGCCUUGCGGAUCCUCCUCCGUCUUACGAGGAAGCCGUGGGUCACAUGGACGUCCACGUCGUGGCGGAACCUCCACCCCAGUACGAUGACAUCAUGAGAGAUUAUGUGAGCAACGCUGUGAUUGGGCAGGCCAAGUGAAUCACAUUUAAAUCACAACACACCCUCAUUUUUGAGGUUUACUCAACGCAGAUUGUAGCGAAAGACUAAAUGUACUGUAUCUCACCUGUUUACUGCUGAAAGAGACCUUUUAUUACAUCUAAUACCAGCACACACCAGUAAGUACGCUUUUAAUAAGUACGCUCAAGUUCGAACAGAGAAGGAAAAAAUUAAAUAAAAUUUAAAUACAGAAAUGUACCAUAUAAUCAGGUUUACAUAAAAUAUAUAUCUGUAUAAGAUGCAACUCACAGACAUAAUUAUCUAGUGCAGAACAGGAUUAAUUUUUUGGGGGGUAAAAAAUAUUCAGGGCAAAGAUAUGCCGAUAAAAUUUUUUCCUGUAUCUAACAAUAAUAAGAAACAAUAAUAAACAAGCAAGAGUGGCGUCCUAUACUGUAGAAAGAGAUAAAUCCAAAUUCUGUAAAAGUAAACUGUGACGAAGAAAACAAACUGGUUUUGUUGCUCAAGAAUGAUCACGAUCAGUGACGUGUAUCAUGCAGUUCAUAAGAAGUGUAAAAUGCUACAGCUUGCCCAGCGCCGCGGCUGCCGCAGUAGUGAUUUAUCUGAGUGAGCUGCCUUACUAUCUUCCCUCAUCAGGUUUCACUGCCGAUGGGCCUGGAACCCUGAAAUUAAGCCAAACUGUCUGAGUCACAGGAUUGAAAAAAGCACGCUUUUCUCUUUUUUUCCUGAUAUUCCAGCUCAUUACAUUAGUGCAACAGUAGCACCAUGAUCCGAUAGCUGUAACUCAGAGAGUGUGCGCUCUAUCUAACACACCCAAUCAAUAGGAAACGAGUGUUUUUGGGAAGAGUAAGCACUAAUCUGUGCAAUGCUGCAGCCAAGCCAACAUGAUGCUAGCAUUUUAGCGCCGUUCACACCAGCAAAUAGUGACGGUCUGUUUUCCAUGUGCUCGCGACUGUGAAAUCCAAACCCGAGAACAUUUUAUGCAAAUAACUCACAAAAGCGCCAGAGCGAUGAUGCGACUGAGCCGGUUUUCAGACCGAUCAUGUCUCUGAUUAAUUGUUGUGUUAGACAACUCAUCAGCUCGCUUCCUCUUAUACUACAAGAAUUUGUCUGUAAACACAUUUUUACAUUUUUUUUCUUCAUGUAUAAGGUUUUUACCCAUUAUACGGUUUUACGUAUAAAUGUGAUAUUGAUUUUGUAGCAGAAAUGCAAAAUAGGGCUCAGUGAGAAAAUAAAAGAAAGUUUUUUGUGAGGGAACGAGUUUAACGCAACUGUAAAUAGAUAAAAAGGUACGUCAUGUUUGUACAUUAAAUAGUCGGCGCAUUACUGCGGUGUAAGAGGAAUAAGACCGUUCAGGACGCGCUGUUCUACAGGAACGUAUACUGAGAUUAAACCACACUAAAACGGAGGGUUAGUUAAUGUAGCUAGGAAACAACAACAUAUUAUUUACAGUAUUGUAAUCCAUGAAAAUACUCAGCGUCUUUAAAUACGGACAGAUUUGCAGAUUGUAACCUGAUCUUUGUGGAUGUUUGUGAAACAUCAGAUCAAAUGUUAAUUACCUUACGUUAAUUUUACGUAGUCUUUUUAAAAAAAAGAAAAACAAUUUAUUAUUGUGAAUCAGGCUAAAAUGUUUCACCGUUCAUUUUUUUUUGUGAAUUUGCAACGUUCGAUAGGACCUUUGACUAAAGCGGACAAUUUGCUAUGCACUAUUUUUGUAUUAUUUACAGUAUUUUUUCCACAAAGUGAAUUUAUUAAAAAUAAAUCUUUAGGAAGUGAAUUCAGGUAAAUAACACAAGACUGUAAGAACUCUGUUUAGGACACAAACAUCAUACAGCAGCACACUUUUUGUGUUUUUUGUUUUUUUUUGCCUUUAAUUUUGUUAAAACGUUGCGUUGCUGGAUUUCACUAACACUGUUUUUGAACUUCUGAUGUAGAUAAGUGAGUUGUUGCACACUUUGGAGUUGUGGGUGUGUGUGUGGAGUGUUUAAGAUUUUUUUUUAUAUAUAUAUAUUUUAUUAAAUACAGAUGUUAACAUCUCUCUGGGGAAAAUGAGGAUUUAAAUUUUUUAAGUUUUGGAUUUUUAUUUUCUUUUUUCUUUUAUGUUCAGAUAUAGCCAUAUUCGGACGCCUUUCUCAAAAUGUCCAAAUGUUUACGUCGUGUUUACAAUUUAAGGAAUUGCUCAGUUUGAAUACAUUUAGUUUUAGAAUUUAGUUUUUACCCCUAAGCGCAGUCCAUGAGCCAAGACAUUUCUCCAAAAUAUUUACUGAGAAGGUCAUAGGUGACUUUCAUUAUGUUAGCUACGUUAGCCUUAUAGCUCUAGUGCCAAAUUAAAAAAGCAAAUUUUUUCCCAGACUGAAUGUUAAAUAAGUACAUAAAAAUUAACCUAUAGGUGACUCAAAAAAGGAAAACUCCACCCUGAUUGAAUCUUUUUGGUUGAAGUUUUGAAGUUUUUUUGUUUGCUUGCCUGAUUUUGCUGCAGUGGAAUUAAUGCUGCAUUCAUGACUACAUUCCCAUUCGGAAAUUCACUAAUGUGAAAGAGCAGGUCGAUCAAAACGCCACACAGAAACCAAAUUAACAUUUCAAGCAUUUGUUAAAUGUUUUGUUAAAGAUUUUCAGUGUGUUUUUGUUUGUUUUUCCUAAGGAUCUAACCACCGAACAUAACUGCUGUCACUUCCAACUCAGGAUCACUGAGUUCAAACAAUAUUUUUCUUUCAUUAAAACUCGUUGAAACUGUGCUUGCCGUUGUAACCGUGGCAAUGUACUUCUGUGACAUCACAGUAGUUUAGACAGUAGUCUCCUGUCCCUAGACAUGAAAAAUGAGGAACUGGCACCAGAUUCACUGAACAUUUCAGAAAUAGUUCAAUAUAUAAACACAAUGGAUGUGUUUCAGGGUGGAGUUUUCCAAUAGUGCUGUGCUAUAAUAUGUCUGUCUGUGUGUGUGUGUGUGUGUGUGUGUGUUCGGGAUGCUUCUCAACCAUUUAUUAACAAUGCUGUUGGAUGCUUCUGGUACGUUUGAGGUUUAUAAGAGCUGAGAUUUGAAGCUUUAGCGCCUCCUACAGGAAGCAGUGAGUAAAGUUAGAUUUAAAAAAAUGUUUUAAGCCUACAGGCUGAUUUUCUGAGAAAUUGAGCAUGCUUUCACAAAGCCUUCACAGGAUUUGUGUGUGCGUGUGUUUGUAUUAUAACAAUAUAACAAAUUGCAAUUUUGAUCCUAAUAUGAUGUGUGAAUGCACUUUUAUAAGAGUAAUACUCAUUAUUGUGUAGAAUUAUUAUUAGAAAUGAUACACACCAUGGCGAAGGCUGUUUCUCUCUCUCUCUCCUUUUCCCCUGUUGUUAUUUUGUUAAACCGUGUCACGAACUACAGCUCUUCACUGUUUUCCUUAAUGUGCCGUGUGUAGAAAGCGAUGUGAAUGUGUGGACGUGUGACUUCAGUUCUACUUAAACCUUAUUUAAAAAAUUUAAUAUUAAAGUGUGUGUAUAUAAUAUAGGAAAAAAUGUCUCGUAAUCUUAUUGAGCUUGGAUUUUUAUGUAAUAAAUGUUUGUUUUUAGUCUUG